AUGGCUGCCAUGGACAUGUGCUCGACAAAGCCAGAGCCUACAUUGUCAUUUACUCAAGGCCUUAUAGUCGGCCAGCUCUCGGUCGUCCUUCUCAUAGCAGCAUUUAUAAAAUUUUUCAUAUUCGGCGAUCCUCCCUCGCCAGAGGUCACGGCCCAAAUACGAGCGACUGAGCGACGGGAGCGCUCCCUGGCGCACAAGCAAUCCCUACUUACCCUCCGGACCGACAACCCCAGAGAGCCUCAGCGGACACUGAACAAGAAGAAGUCGAGCAUACUGCGAAACCCACCUACGCUGACCAUUGGCUCAAUCCUGAACAAGACGUAUUACAAUGUGGACAGCCACCAGCCCGAGUCGCUGGACUGGUUCAACGUCCUGAUUGCCCAGACCAUUGCGCAGUUCCGCAGCGACGCGCAAUAUGACGACGCCAUCCUCACGUCGUUGACCAAGGCCUUGAAUGGGACAAGCCGCCCCGACUUCCUCGACGAGAUCAAGGUCACGGAGCUGACGCUGGGCGAGGACUUUCCCAUUCUGAGCAACUGCCGCAUCAUACCCGUCGACGAGGAUGGCCUGAGCAUGGACUCGGGGCCCGGCGUAGGCAAGCGCUUCGACCCCAACAGCUCGCGGGCCACGCGGGAAGGAGCCCGGCUGCAGGCCCGCAUGGACGUGGACCUCAGCGACAUGAUCACCCUCGCUCUCGAGACCAAAAUCCUGCUGAAUUACCCCAAGCGGCUGACCGCCGUGCUCCCCGUCGCCUUGGCCGUCAGCGUGGUGCGCUUUAGCGGUACUCUGUGCAUCUCCUUCAUCCCUAGCAACCCUUCGCAGUCGACUCCCACCAUGAUGGCGUUCAAUUUUCUGGACGACUAUCGGCUGGAUCUGUCGAUCCGCAGCUUGGUGGGUAGCCGGUCCAGGCUGCAAGAUGUGCCCAAGAUUGCUCAGCUCAUUGAAGCGAGACUGCACAAGUGGUUCGAUGACAGAUGCGUCGAGCCCAGGUUCCAAGAGAUUGCACUGCCCAGCCUGUGGCCACGAAAGAAGAACACGCGCGGCGGAGACGACGGGCUCGACGGGAACAUGGCGAGCAUUGGCAAGGGCAAAGGCCGGGAGCUCGGUCGGGACCUGCGGGAAGAAGCAAGAAAGGAGGUUGAAUCUGAAAUCGGCAGUCGACCGGAUCUAGUUCCCGAAGCAGGCAACUUGCGGUACCGCAGAAGGAGCAGAAUGGACAGCGUUGGGCAGAUGAGCAUGCCGGGGAGCUUACCAGGCAUGACUUUAGAUCUACAACACUAG